AUGUCGUUGUUUUGUCUGCAACCCCCCCACCCUCCUUCCCACUUCAAACUCCUCCCCCCUCUCCCCCGCCGCCACCCUCCACCCUAUCUUCUCCCCAUUCCAACCCCAUUUCCCGCCACACGUGUCCGUCUUUGUCCCCUUUCUCCAUGCGCCCCUCUCCUCUCCCUUCAACCCUUUCCCCACCGCUCCCCCUUCUCCCCCGUUCCCCUCUCAGUGGCGGCGCUGCUGCAGCAGAAGGCGGAAUGGGGAAAUCCCCCCCAGCUGCGCUCGUGGGCGGUGGGGGGGGAUCCGUGCGCGGAUGGGUGGUGGGGUGUGGUGAGCUGCACAAAGGACGAGUUCAACGAGACGAGAGUCUCUGCACUCAUGCUUCCAGGGAUGGGACUUGAAGGCUCGCUCUCACCCGACCUGGGAAGACUUUCCUUCCUCACUUUCCUGCGCCUCAAGACUAGGCUCGCUCUUGCCCGACCUGGGAAGACUUUCCUUCCUCACCUUCCUCCUGCGGAACUGCUCCCUGUCGAGCCACAUCUCUGCUGUGUUCCCUCUGCGCUCCGUCCGACUGCUCCCUCCACACUGCAAGUGCUGCUGCUCGACUCCAACCGCCUGCAACGCCCUUUCCUCACUGCCCCGACUCUCCCUCCCCUCUCUUCCCCACUCUCUUCCCCGUGCUCUCCCCAUCUCUUCCCCCAAAGCAGCAGCCUGCGCAACUGCUCCCUAACGGGUCGCAUCCCAGCUGUGUACGGUGCUCUCACCGCGCUGCAAGUGCUGCUGCUCGACUCCAACCGCCUGCAAGGGCCGCUGCUGGGGGAGGAGUCCAGGGGAAUGCAGAACCUGCAGCACGUUGAUCUGUCGGAUAACGAGUUGGAGGGAGGUGUCUCCUUCUUCCCUAGACUUGCGUCGCUCAAGCACCUGGUGUUGGACAACAAUCCCAUUGGAGGGUCCCUCCCUGCUGGAUUCUCGGUUCUCACCAACCUUGUCACAAUACGUAAAUUCCACAUCUUCCCCUGUCCCCUCACUCCCUCUUUCCCCCCAAUUCCCCUCUCUCACCACUGCGUGCUCGCACCACUGCCUGCUCUCACCACUGCGUGCUCGCACCACUGCCUGCUCUCACCACUGCCUGCUCUCACCACUGCCUGCUCUCACCACUGCCUGCUCUCACCACUGCCUGCUCUCACCACUGCCUGCUCUCACCACUGCCUGCUCUCACCACUGCCUGCUCUCACCACUGCCUGCUCUCACCACUGCCUGCUCUCACCACUGCCUGCUCUCCCUUGCCCCCCCACUCCCUGGCCCCCAUUCCCCACUCCCUGGCCCCCAUUCCCCACUCCCUGGCCCCCAUUCCCCACUCCCUGGCCCCCAUUCCCCACUCUCCUCUCCCCCUCUCCACCUCUCCCCUUAUCCCCCUUUCCCCCUGCCCUUUUCCCCUUCCGCACUUGCAGCUCUAUGUCGCGCUGCCAGCUGGAGAACGCCCUCUUCAACACAUCGCUCCUCAUCAACCUGCAAAAGAUUGACUUCUCCAACAACCUGUUUAUUGGCUUCUUCCCAGAAUCCAUGUCCAAUCUUCAAGCAUUGGCUGUCCUAAACGCGGACAACAACAAGAUAAACCUACAACUCCCGGACCUCUCAGCUGCAGCGGCCUCGGGCGCGCUACACUACGUCUCCCUUAUAAACAACCAGCUUGACGACACAGGCGGCAAGGUCCGCCGGAAAACGCCGAAGUAUCUCAUAGACGUCAUUUCCAACAACUCCCUCCGCCUUUGGGGAAACCCUUUCUGCAAUUUCACCCUCGUAAUCCCAGCGCUCGCUCCCGCCUGCGACCGCUCUAACGAGAAAAUUCAGCCUCCGGUUUUCCUCCCCUCCCCCGGUUCCUCCCUUGAUGAUAUUGUCUUUACCUCAGACCCGUUCUGUCCCUCCCACACCUGCGAUCCUACCGCCGCUGCCGCUUACCCCAGCUUUUAUGCCUACCGGGUGGCAGCGGCGUGCGUCUGUGCCAAGGCGCUAAAAGUCUUUCUUAGGCUCGUGCACUCGCCGAAUCUGUUCUUCUCUAAGUCUCUAGCAACAGACCUGCAGAGGGGUUUGGAGGCGCAGUUUGGGUGGGAAACCGGGCAGGCGUGGAUUCGGCAGGUUCGGACGAAAAGGGACGGCUCUCAGCUGCUGGAGGUUUUGAUUUUUCUGCCCGGCGGGCAGAAAUGGACGGCUGCGAUUGUGAAUGCAGUGGUGAUGAGGUUCGUACGGCAUAAUGUCUCCAUGGGAGUCAGCUACGGGCCGUACCGCUUCGAAGGUUUCGUCUCGCCCAUUCCACCGCCACCACCCAACGUCCCUCCUCCACCUCCUCCCGCCCCCUCCAAAACCUCCUCCAUCCUCUUCCCCGUCCUCUUCACCUCACUCCUCCUCGUCAUCAUCCUCCUCCUCUUUCUCUGCUGGCGAUCCAACAUCUGGGGACGACCCAACAACACCCCCCCCUCUACAGUCACACUCACAACCCUCAAGAUCCCAGGGGUGAUGAAAGGAGACGAGUGGGAGAUCACGAUCAGUCCGUCGGAUUCGAAGAGAAUCAACGGCCGGCAGACGUUCCUGGUGCAUGGGGUUUGUUUCUUCAGAUACGACGAUUUGAUUGCGGCUACCGACCAUUUCUCGCACGUGAUUGGCCACGGAUCCUUUGCUGACGUGUACCUCGGGCACCUGGACGAAAGCCUGCUCCCGGAAUCAGCCGCUGCGGGGAAAGACAAAGGGCAGGCGAACGGGCAGAUUGAAAAGAAGCCGGAUGGCGCUCUAGGCAGUGGUGCUGCUGAGAUAGAUUCCUCUCCUGCUGCUGGUGCUGCUGCUGGUGGUACCGAUACUGAAGUUUCCUCCACCACCACUCCUUCGACUGUGAAAGAAGCACCGUUCGACUCGUCCCAAGGGACACCGGUGGCAGUGAAGCGCGUGCGCGAAGCAGCUCUCCGCUCUGACUUCUCCCUCUCCACCUUCAUCAACGAAAUCAAAGUCCUCUCCUCCAUAAGCCACCCCAACCUCGUACCCCUUAUAGGCUUCUGCAGGGAAGCGCAGGAGCUCAUGCUCGUCUACACCUACGCUCCAAACGGGUCCCUAUUCGACAAUCUCCACGGCGGGCUGAAAGAGCAAGGCGGGUUGAGGGACUGGGGGAGGAGGAUAGAUGUGCUGGUCGGGGCGGCGAGGGGGUUGGAGUAUCUGCACGGGGGGUUGGAGGUGCCGAUUGUUCAUUCCGAUGUGAAGCCGGAGAAUAUUCUCAUUGCUGCGUCGGGGGAGGGGUUGCUGUCGGAUUUUGGGCUGAGUGAGUUCGUGCGGGAGGCUUCGGUGCACACAUCUGCUUCGACAAUCGUCAGAGUAAAGGGAUCCGUGGGUUAUGUGUGUCCGGAGUACUCAUCAACAGGAGUGCUCAACUCCAAGUGCGACGUGUACAGCCUUGGGAUUGUCAUCUUGGAGACGCUCACGGGCCUGCCACCUCAGAUAGAGGACCAGCACCUUGGGACCUCCACGCACAUCCGCGACCUGGUGUCUGCAUUGCUCUGGAAGCACGACAGCAAUCCCUCAGCAGUGCUAGACCCUGCACUGCCCUCCAACCUCCCCAAAGUCCCUGCCUGGCGCCUGCUGCAGCUGGCUCUGCUCCUUCCAACUCAACUCACCGCUCUCCCCCUCUCUCGCCCCCUCUCAACACCAAAUCAACCCCCUCUGCAGGUCUCUGCAUUGCUGAGGAAGCACGACAGCGAUCCCUCAGCAGUGCUAGACCCUGCACUGCCCUCCAACCUCCCCAAGGUGCCCGCCUGGCGCCUGCUGCAGCUCGCUCUGCGCUGCACUGCUCCCACCGGACGCGAUCGGCCGCACAUGGGGGAGGUGCUAUCUGAGCUGCUCUUUGUCCAGAACGCAGUGAGGAAAUCGUGA